AUGAGACAGACAAAUCAGACGCAGGUGACAGAAUUCCUCCUUCUGGGACUUUCUGAUGACCAACACACCCAGCAGCUGCUUUUCUUCUUAUUUCUGGGUGUCUACCUGGUCACUGUGCUUGGAAAUCUGCUUCUCAUGUUCCUUAUUAGGGUUGACUCCCGGCUUCACACACCCAUGUAUUUUUUUCUCUGCAAUUUAUCUCUGGCUGACCUCUGUUUCUCUACCAACAUCGUUCCUCAGGCCCUAGUCCACCUGCUAUCCAGGAAGAAAGUGAUUUCCUUCUCACGUUGUGCAGCUCAGCUUCUACUCUUCCUCAUUUUUGGGUGUACACAGUGUGCCCUUUUGGGGGUGAUGUCCUAUGAUCGGUAUGUGGCUCUCUGCAACCCUUUGCAUUACCCCAGCAUCGUGACUUGGAGGGUGUGUGUCCAGCUGGCUGCAGGAGCAUGGUCCAGCGGCAUCCUGGUGUCUGUGGUGGACACCACCUUCACACUAAGGCUACCCUACCGAGGCAGCAAUAAUAUUGCUCAUUUCUUUUGUGAGGCCCCUGCACUGUUGAUCCUGGCAUCCACAGACACCCGCACUUCAGAGUUGGCCAUUUUCCUCAUGGGGGUUGUGAUUCUCCUCCUACCUGUGUCUCUGAUUCUGCUGUCCUAUGGCCGCAUCAUAGUGACUGUGGUCAGGAUGAGGUCAGCUGCGGGCAGGCUCAAGGCAUUCUCUACCUGUGGCUCCCACCUCAUGGUGGUCAUCCUUUUUUAUGGGUUAGGAAUUGUCACCUAUAUGACACCAAAGUCUUCCAAGGAACAGGAAAAGCUGGUAUCUGUGUUCUAUGCAGUGGUGACCCCCAUGCUUAAUCCCCUCAUCUACAGCCUGAGGAACAAGGAUGUGAAGGGAGCUCUGAGAAAAGUAGUCACAAGGAAUCUCCCAUGCAGACUUGGAAUUUUCCACCGACCGUGA